UUUUGUUGACAUACACAACCAUGGAAUAGGAGGUGCCGACGAUGUUAUUGGCUACUGGACGAACCCCGAAUAUACUCUCAGGGAGCUUGCACGGUGCGGAACACUUUGUGCUUUGGCAUCCAUUGUCUUUUCAGAUGAUCACAAACACCUUGUCAAAAAAUGUAUUGAAGAAGUUGAGAAGCGUGUGGGUGCUUAUAUUCCUGAUUGUUGCCUUCUUGGAGGUAUUCACGCGGAGGGGCCGGUGAUUAACGAUCGAGGAGGUCUGCCUGCAUGUGAAAACAGGUGGAAUCUUGAGCGUUUUAAGAAACUGUGUGCCACCAUGCCGUCCAUGCGUAUAAUGACGAUAUCACCACACAUUGACGCGCGCAGCAACUAUGAGCUCAUUGGGUACCUACUCCGCCUGGGAGUUCGUCCGUCACUUGGACACGACCGAGUGGCAACGAAGAAAGAGAUUUUGGGUGCCUUGAAACUUGCACCCUCGGAGAGGGACAAGCUUCAUGUCACACAUAUGCAUAAUGUGAUGUCCUUUGGUCAUCGAAAUCCAUCUCUCGUCAAUGUGGCACUUUGCUCUUCAUUUCCCAAUGCAGAAAUAUACAGAGGUGCCAUUCCCCCAUAUGUGGAGAUCAUCGGAGACCUUGUCCAUACCGAUGCCAUUCCUUUGCAUGUGACAAUUUCUUCCAGAGGGUGUGAUGAUGUUGCUUUGAUCACGGAUUGUAUAUCGGAAAACCUUCCUGGGAAGCGUUUUUCCUACAAUGGACGUUUAAGUUGCGUCCGCGCUGAAGGAGGUUGCUCUCUGUGUGAUGCAUCCGGCAGGCCGACGAAAACGCUUGCGGGGGGCACCAGUUCUUUGGCUGAUCAGUUUAUGAACCUGGUGACUCUCUUCCGGGUGGACCUUAUUUCUGCCUGCAAGAUGGUUGCCACGACCCCCGCAAAAAUUGCCCGACUGGAUGGGGUAGGCUCGAUUGAGAGGGGAAAGAAGGCAAAUAUUUUGAUUCUUAAUUCAGAACUAAACACAAUAACAAAGCGCAUGAUUUACGGGAAGUGGACUGCACAUGCUGAGUAUCGUCUAUUACGGCCAUCCGUGUCUCACAUGUGA